CGGCGCGGUGACAGCUGGGUAAAUUCACCGACAUACAGGAAGAAUAGGACGAAGCCCAGUCUGCCCUGCAAGCCUGCACACUGCACACACCCACGGCGACAUAAAGGACCAAAUCACUGCUUGACCAGGUUAGCAGGUAUGGCUGAGUUGGCGAGUCUGGUGCAGCGGCUGGAGGUGGCGGUGGGUCGCCUGGAGUCCAUGUCGGGACCUGGAGGCAGCGGAGGUUCUGCUGGAGGAGCUGUGUCGGCGUACGUCGAGGCCUUUGACGUGAUCAUCAAAGGUCCUGUGGCUGAGUACCUCUCCCUCAGCCAGAAGAUCGGGGGCGAUGUCCAGAAACAUGCAGAGAUGAUGAAGGUGGCAUUCAACACUCAGAGACAAUUCCUCUUAACAGCCUGCAGCUGCCAGAAGCCCUCAGACAAAGAUUUGCAGAAUAUCCUGGCCCCAGUGUCCAAAGAAAUCCAGCAGGUGCAGUCGUUUCGUGAGCAGAACCGCACCUCGCCGCUGUUCAACCACCUUUCUGCUGUGAGCGAGAGNUGUAUUAAAUUGUGUUUAUUUUUCUUGUUUGUGUCCCAGGCUCCUAAGCCAUGCCCCUAUGUUAAAGAAAUGCAGGAUGCCGCCAUGUUCUACACCAACCGUGUGCUAAAGGAUUACAAGGAAAAGGACAAGACACAUGUGGACUGGGUGAAGGCCUACGUCAGCAUCUGGACUGAACUCCAGAACUACAUCAAACAGCACCACACCACCGGGGUGACCUGGAGCAAGACCGGUCCUGUGGCUUGCGCCUCUGCAGCUUCCCCCAGGGCUCCUGCUGGUGGAUGUCCUCCCCCACCUCCCCCUGGACCACCUCCUCCCCCCAUGGACUGCAGUGCACCCUCUAGCGGUGGCGGUGGUGGUGGUACUGACGUUCGUAACGCUUUGUUCGCCUCACUUAACAAGGGAUCGGACAUCACCAAAGGCCUGAAGCAUGUGAGCGACAACCAGAAGACCCACAAGAAUCCUAACCUGAGGGGAGAUGGUCUUUCAGUACGUUCCGGGCCAAAACCUUUCUGUUCCACGAGCCCCCGAGGUCCUGCGUCUGCCCCCACAACCCAAACACACCCUCCUGUGUGUGAGCUGGAAGACAAGAAGUGGAAAGUGGAGUACCAAGAGAAAGCACAGCUGGAGAUUGCAGAGACUGAGCUGAAACAAGUGGUUUACGCUUUCAAGUGUAACAAUAGCACCCUGACAGUCAAGAACAAACUUAACUCCAUCACUUUAGACAACUGUAAGAAAACGGGCCUGGUGUUUGACAACGUCGUGGGCAUUGUGGACAUCAUCAACUGCAAGGACGUCAAGAUCCAGGUCCUGGGUAAGGUCCCCACUAUCUCCAUCAACAAGACGGACGGUUGCCAUGUCUACCUGAGCAAGGACUCUCUGAACUGCGAGAUCAUCAGUGCCAAGAGCUCAGAGAUGAACAUCCUGAUACCGAAAGACGAUGACUUUGUGGAGAUCGCUGUUCCUGAGCAGUUCAAGACAGUCUGGGACGGCAAGAAGCUCGUCACCACAGCAACAGAGAUCGCCGGCUAGACAGGGCCAGCAUGUGAAACGGCGGCCCCUCCUCGUCACCAUCCCCACCUCCUUUUUUUGCAAAUGCCUUCCUGACUGAUCGACCACCCCACCAGCUAACUCUCACACUGUAGACUUGAGAUUUGGACCUCAUAUAUUGUCUCUCCCUCCCCUUCCUUAACAGCCAAUCACAGCUUAAGCUGUCCCUUCCAUCAGCCAAUGAGAGGACUGCUCGCUUUUAUCUGGAGCAAAAUCCUCCAGCCAAUCAGCAGGGAGCGGCUUGUCGUUCAGAUUUUUUUCUUCCUGUGAGCCAGUGAGCACUUUUCGAACACAUUCACGAGUUUUGCCAAUAGCUGGGAUGCUCUGUAUAUUAUUUUGUAUCUAUCUGGAUAAUGCUAAGCUAAAUUUAACACGUAGACUAGCUAACAUGGGAUUAAAAGCGCUGCAGCCAAUCAGGCUCAACUAUCAGGAUGCUUCAGCUAUUACUCCUUCUCUUCUGGUCGGGAGCGGCUGGUGUUUUUUAAGCUGUGGCCUGAUAGGUUUCUGUUCCAUUAUAUGCAACCCACUGGUGAAGCACUUGUCAAACAGAGGAUAAAGGCAUCCAUAUCACCUCCGCUGACAAUAGUUGACUAUAAUAAUAACAUUCAUAGUGGAUAAUAAUAUGAAAAAGAAGUCAGCACUCUCAGAGCACAUUCAUAGGAGAAAAAACAAGUUGUGUGCACAUCAUGAAACUCUCCAUCUAGAUGAUGUUGGAACAAUAAAAUGAUCAUUCCAUGUGCUUUUCCUUAAACCCCACACAUAGCACAUUCCCAAAUACUAAAAUAACAUUCCAUAUAAAAGAGGCAUGUAAGAAAAGUUUGCGAUAAAGAGCAAAGCGAUACAAAGAGGAAGAGAGAGACUGACGGACAUCAUCAUCGUCGAUUGAAUGCUUCACCUCCGCCUCAGUCUCUAGAUUGGAAAUAUCUGCUGUCAUCAUCUGUGUAGAUAUUAAUAAUUACUGAAUAGUCUUGAAAUAUUAACCCGACCAUCGCUCUGAGCUCACACCUGCACUCUUUGGUUAUCUUCAGCUCUUGAUGCUGUUCGCUGAAUUUUCUUUUAUAUCGUCUCUUUCUUUUUACCUCUUGAUUUUUUUGGGUCCAAAAAUCAGAAUUUUGCUCAUUAGUACUGGAGACAUCAUUAAAACAUGUUGCAAUAAA